AUGACUGCCUUCAGAUUCGAUCCCGAAUAUCUCAAGGCCAUCGAGCCAACUCGAACAGGCGCCAAACCGCCCCUUUUCAAGACUGCCCUUGAAAUCCGCGAGUUUAUCAAUCCCAUCAUGGUUCAGAUCCUAGGCGCGUCCCCCUACCCAUCCAGCAUCAAGGAAACUAUCUUCACGCUCCGCAGCUACGAUGGAGUCGAGAUCCAAGUCACGCGCUUCGCUCCCGACAAGGCCUCGGCCUCCAUAAGCCCUACACCGGCUGUUAUCUACGCCCACGGCGGUGGCCUUGUCGCGUGUAACGUCAAGAUCUACGCUCCUCAGAUUGCCCGCCUCGCUGACGAUACCAACCUUCCCUACUUUGCCGUGAGCUACCGCCUGGCCCCUGAGAACCCGGCCCCCUGCGCGGCGGAAGACUGCUACGCCGCACUCCAGUACGUAUCCGAGCACUCCAAGGAGCUCAACGUCGACCCCACCAAGAUAGCCCUCCAGGGAGACAGCGCGGGCGGCGGCGUUGCUGCUGGUACAGCUCUCAUCGCCCGAGACCGCCAGCUGAGCCCGCCCCUGGCGAAACAGAUCCUCAUCUACCCCAUGCUGGAUGAUCGCACCGAGCUCCCUGCAAAUGAUCCCAUGCUUGAGUUCUUGUCCUGGCGGUCGAACGACAACAUCCUCGCCUGGAAUGCGUACGUCGGCGAAGAUAACCGCGCAAAGCCCAACGCCGAGAUCUCGCCAUACGCCGCCCCAGCGCGAGCAAAGAGCCUGCGGGGCCUUCCACCCACGUAUAUUGAUGUUGGAACGCUGGACCUGUUCAGAGACGAGGAUAUUGCAUAUGCUGCCCGCUUGGCUAAGGAUCAUGUCGAGGUUGAGUUUCACCUGUGGCCUGGUCUUCCUCAUGGAUUUGAGGGUGUUACCACUACAAGUUGGUAUAAGAUAUCCUAUGAGAGCCGUCUCAGCGCACUCAGUCGGAUUGGUAUUUAUUCGAGUAAAUAA